UACUUUUAACAUGGAAGACGAAGAUGAUUGUAAGUGUAUAAAGAUAAUCGGACAUUUGGAUAACGUAACAUGGUCACAAGCUCAGCAUCGUUAUAAACCCAGUUGUGGCCCAUUAGCUAUAGCUGACUGGACUCAGAAUAGGCAUAUAUGGCUGCACUAUGUAGAGAGCAGCGACGGCCUGGUAAUUGAUGAUGACGUUCUAAGGUCAACUGAUUCUCGAUACUGGUCAAUACAUGACGUACAAAGGUAUUUUCUGGGGGAACUUCACUGUGAACAAGUUCUGUUCAGUUAUCAAUACCCCAACCUUCGUUUGCCAUCGUCUAUUGGCAGCUACCUCUGGAAAUUAAAUACCGCAUUGAAGUUACCAUCACCUCUUUAUUGGAAAGAAUUGCACAGAUCAUUAGAACUUACAUUAAAGAAAAUCGAAGUGAAGCAAAAGCAAAUGGAUCGCCUGAUAAUAUCGGAUCAGCUAAUUAGGAUCGAGCGUCUAGACUAUUUUAAACGGAAGUCCUUUUUAAAAAGUCUCAUGAGUAUAAUUAGUUUUCAGGAUAGAUUACAGCUGGUGUCGUUAGAAAACUUGUGUUGUACACGAUUGGAAGGCAUUCAAGUCCUUCAAACGCUUUCCUGCUUCGUAGCUAACACGUUGAAAUAUUUAUUCCUUUGGCGGUUCGUGUUGCCCAAUGAGAAUCCUAUCCUUAUCAACUACAGCUAUACCACUGGAAGUGGAAAGUACAUUGACCGGCCGGAUAGUCGCCAGUGUUUUGUACGGUGCCUGGCGGAGCUACGCAACCUGCGUGUCCUAGCCCUGGAGUAUGCACACAUCGCAGAUGGCAGCGGCUUUUGUCUUCUUUCAUUAUUACCAGUUAUAAGGAGACCUUAUUUUCGCUUACAGUUGAUCUGCCGGGAAGACCAGAUCCCUGGGCGGGCGAGACAUUCGCUUGGCGUUGGAGGCUUCGAAAUCCCCGACACGGCAUGGCGCCGCGUUUCCAUUGCCUGCCCCGAUCUCUAUCUUUUAAUGGUUUUCUAUCGUAUCCGGGACUACGACAACAUUCGGCGUUUCCUUACACCCAGCCUUCCGCUGCGCGAAACUCAUCUGCAACUUGGCAUCGAUUUGAAUGUCACACAGCGACAAGAUUCGGAUAUCAGCUGUUUUAUACGUUAUCUUGGCUAUCGAUAUGCUGACACACUCGUAACGUUGAGCAUCCACCAAUGGCGUUCAGUGGAAGUACCAAUGCGUCGCAUUUUUGAGCUGAUGCCACGACUUGUGCGGUUCCUGUACAUAGGCCUUGUCAACACUGCUGAUCUGCACGAUGCUCUCAUCAUGAUAUCUUGCGGAGUUUGUGAGAAGAUGAAGCAAAUUAACAUACAAAUUCAAGACGAAGAAUCUAAAAGAUCUUAUAUGGCGAAAGUAGCAGACAACCUAACUGAAAAAUUUAAAGAUAUAAUGGAACUGUUUGAUAUUUCUUUCUGUAUUAAUGUUUACAAAUCAUAAUUUUUUAAAAUAAAAUAUCUUUUUAGUUGUA